UCAUAUACCCUGCGCUUCCCCCUCCACCGUCAGCAUCUUGCUUCAUCUCAUCUCAUAUCAGACUCCACGCACGCGCCGCUAGGGCCAAGUACCCGAGACCUCGCCUUUGCGCCUGGCUGCAGCUUAUGCGCGGUACUUGGGACCAGACCCUCUCGCUGGACUCGGAUAGACUGCCGCUUCCUUUCCUCUCCUCCGCUGCUUUUUUUCUCCUCUUGCUCUUCAUCCUCGCGUCUUCUUCUUUCCAAACUUGCCGAGACUUCUUUUCUUCUUUUCUUCUCCUUCAUUUCCCUCUUUCUUCUUCAAUUUCGCACGCUCCUUCGCAGAAACUUUACCUUUUCUUCUUCUUCUUAAUCCAGGAAUCUACCUAGUACCUAGCUAUACAUACCUCUAUUUUUUCUCUAGACACCCACCACAGCGAAAACUAUCCAUCUGUCGGGCAAAGCGGCGACGACGGCGGCAA